AUGUAUUGUGCGGCAGCCUUCUUUUUCGCUACACAGCUUCUCAGUCCAGUCAUCGGGGCACAAAAUGCUGCCACAACCAACUUUACUUGUCAACCAGGCCAGCCUUGCUGGUCUACGAUCGCACAGUGGCAGGCCUUCAACCAGACUAUAGCAGGGCGUCUGAAGAUUACAACAAUGCUUGCCAGCCCCUGCUUCCCAAGCUCCCCAAACUUCAACGACACCGAGUGCGCCGAUAUUCGCCAAAAUUAUACCAGUGCUCAAUUUCGGGGGACUGUAUAUGGCGCCAUGGACAUAACUCAAUGGGAAGCCUGUGGUUCGGCGAAUUGCUAUCCUGGCUUUCUUCAGCCUCAGAGGCCGACGUGUGCGCUGGGAAGACUGUCUGCACUUUAUGUCGAUGCCGAAGAGCCUGCGGAUGUCACGGCCACUCUCGGAUUCGUGAGACGUCAUGGGAUCCGUCUCGUUGUGAAGAACACUGGCCACGAUGUUCUAGGACGCAGUGCUGCUGCCAAUACUUUGGCUCUUCGUGUCUAUAAUCUCAAAAACAUGUCGUUUCAUUCUUCUUUUACUGCCCGCAACUGCUCUACCUCCAACAGACAAAACGUGGGUGUAAUCGGAGCUGGUGUCAGUGCAGAAGACGCUGUUGCAUUCUUUAGCAAGCAAGGCAUGAUGGUCACGGUUGGUGGGUGUCCUUCUGUUGGCAUUGCUGGAGGGUUUGGCCAAGGCGGCGGCCAUGGCCCUCUUGCUCCCAGUGUCGGGCUGAUGGCUGAUCAAGCAAUCGAGUUUGAUGUCGUUACCAUGGACGGAGUAUUCCGUACAAUUAACAAAUGCAACGCCCCUGAUCUAUUUUGGGCAAUGCGUGGCGGCGGAGGGCAAUCAUACGCAAUUCUGAUCAACUACAAGUUUCAGCUACACCCUCAAGUGGCAUGGGCAAACUGGCGAUUGGAGGCCACUCUCACUCCUCCCACGGAUAACAUAACCCAGAAUACGCUCCUGCGCGACAUCCUUACAACUUUAGCCGAUCAACAGAUUACAUGGUCUGAGAAUCGUAUCGCUGGCUAUAAUGGUAUUUCUCCAACAUCGCUCUCGAUGAUGGAAAUGCUACCAGGCGGUGAGAAGCCGUUACAAACACUGCAAUCGAACGCCUUCUAUAUCGACAACUUCGAGUCGCCGAGAAAAGUGAACUCAUUGGUUACCAGCACCCUGAAGGCCAUGCAAAAGGUGGUUGACCAGCUUGGAGCGCAACUGGCACCACAGGAGACAACUGCAUGGUCUCCAGAUACACCGGAUGCAAUUGCUAUGCAAAUCACCGCAGCAGCCCGAGCGGCCUUGGAUAUUAUCAAGGAGCCUCUUGCUGUUCAGGCUGCAUACCUGAACGAGGCUGAUCCUGAGGAGCCGGAUUGGCAACAUAUUUUCUUCGGAAAGCACUAUUCCAAGUUGCUUCAAAUAAAGCGAAAGUGGGAUCCAGACACUUUACUUAACUGCAAAAAGUGUGUAGGCUAUCUUGGACCUCGAGAUCCAAUGUAUUCUUGCGAUGGAGAUGCUCCGAAUCCCUCGGUCCCAUAUCCAUUCACAUGA